CGGGGCACUGGCGAUUACUGCCCAGUUGGUUCAUGAGAUGACGAUCGGCUGGUCCAGCGGCUCUAGCGAUUAUCAUUCUAUUUCCAUCCGGUGCCCCUCGUUGAAACAGUGGUUUGAUUUGCCCCUGAUCAUGAAUGCGACUUGGCGGCCGCCCUUCUCCAUUCCACCUUUCCUUUCUUCCUGCCUGUCUACCGCUCGGUCUGGCUGGCCGGGCGUCUUUUUUUUUUUUUUUUUUUUUUUUUUUUUCCCUUUCUUUUCGGGCGAGACGGUGUAAAAGUGCCAGAGGUACUCCGUACUGUACCUAAGUACGGUAGAAUAAUGAUCACAGAUCGGGGGAGAUACCUGAAAAGAGAAACAACAACAAUAACAACCACCUUCACAAUCACUGGAGCCUUAUUUCACCGACCAAGGCAAG